UGUUUCUUUAUUUUGUUUUCCUGGCGGGUAAACUCGAAAGAUGUGCGAAACGGAGUUACAUUAGAUCCUUUCAUUUUAUGUUCGUAUUAAUGUCUCAUGAUUGCAGUCUCGCGAAAUCGUGUGUAUUUAUUUCUCUCUCAGACUUUCCCCUUCUAAAACUGGCAUUUGUGUGCUCUUGUCUUUUUUUGUAUCUUGCACGAUUCAGCUGAAUAAUUAUGUCAAGACCGUCACGGUGAGUAAACAUCGAUUUGUAAUAAAGAAACAUAAAAGCAGUAGACUAUUCACAGUUUGACAGAUUUGACAAUGGGGAUGAUGAUUUUGCAUGUGUUAAAGCACCACCAAGUAAAAAGGCUCGUAUGACGUCCAAUGAGCAAAAACAGCAAAAACCUAUAAAAAAGUUUCCUACUCAAGAGCUGGAAUCACCAGUUGAAAUCGGAGAGGGGAGAAUAUCACGGGAUGAAAAAUCUUAUCAAAGAGAUUUAGAAGCCGCUCUUGCUUUGUCCAUGCUACAGGAAGAAGAUAAUCCACAAAAAAUACAAGGUAGCAAUAAUAUCACUGAUGCAGAUAAUUUGGAGAAACCUCCCUUGUUUUCUAACUGCAGUGUGGACAGUAGCAUUCUUGGCUUGGAUAAAAUCAUAGAGGAAAAUGCAUCUGUUACUGCCCAUAAGGAGAAAAGGCAAGCUGCUACAAAAGCUGCAGCACAGCAGCAAAAGAUUAUUAUGGAUGAAAAUAGUACUGAAUUUGAUGAAGACAAAUAUGUAGAUUAUCAGCCUGAGUGUACAUCAGAAUCUGAUUCUAGGAGUGACACUGAUUUUAGUGAAGAAGAUGAAGAAUUUAAUCUUAAGAUGGAAUCAAAGUGUAAAAAAAAUAAAAAGUCAAACUGCAAAGUGAAAAAACAACAUAAAUCUAAGAUGCAAAUUGCAGAUAUUUCUUCUACCAGCCUUCGCAAAAGUCAGGCUGAUGCAAAGGCACAAACAACUCAAAGAAAUAUGCCUGUGGAUGAUAGUGGAGUCAAAGGAGACGGACACCUAGAUUCAAGUAGUGACAACUGUGAAAGUGGGGAAGUCCAAGAAAUUGUAAUGAAGAAAGGCACAAACCCUAAAAAUGUUAAAAAAGAAGCCAAACCGAAAAAAAGCAAAGAAUCUAAAACCAAACAUCAAGGUGAAGGUACAGAUCCUGACCUUUCCAAUUCAAUUCCCAUUUUGCAUGGAAGAUCACCAUCAUCUACUCCAUCAUCCAAACCUAUACUGAUGCCCAGUCCCACACUUGGUUCCAGAAUACACAAAUGGACGCCUCCAGCCAAAGUUGGAGUAAGCCCAAAUACAAAUGGAAGAAUAACGGUGAAAUCUCCGAGUCAGGGCCUCCGACUAGGAUUGUCCAGAUUUGCUAAAGUAAAGCCUUUACACCCAACUGCUACCAGUAGCAGUAGUUAUCAUAUAUCUGCAAAUACAUAAUGAACUCAUGUUUACUUAAUCUGGUACUUUUUAAAUGUGGUUUUAUUGGGUCAAAUUUUAACAGUUAUAUUUUCCUAAAUUAAUUUAAUUUGUUCUGCAGUUUUACCUUCAAAUUUUUUACAACUACAAUACAACUAUUAACUCUAAUUGUACAUUUUAAUCUUUAACUAUUAUUAUUUCUUAGAAAAAUAUUUUAUAAAAAUCAUGUAUAUAUCAUUUUUGUGUGUGUCCU